AUGAGAAACUUUAUCAGCGUUUAUCGUUUUUGGCCGAAAAACAUUUCCCACAGGUCAGAGUUCAACAACAGGCACAACCAAUUCAAUUCAUUCACAUACUAUCAGGCAAACACAUCAAAGAUGAGUUCCGGAAGUGAAGCAAUGACAAAGCGUAAAUUGAUCGCUACAAUUGCCGAUGAAGACACGGUAACAGGCUUACUUCUUGCUGGAAUUGGUCAAGUAUCCAACGAACCAGGUAAAGAAACCAAUUUUCUUACCGUGAUCCCAGGAAAGACUUCAGUUGAAGAUAUCGAUGAGGCUUUUGAAACAUUUACCAAAGAACGUGAUGAUAUUGCUAUUUUAUUAAUAAAUCAACAUUUGGCCGAUUUAAUAAGAUAUAAAGUUGAUAGUUAUACAAAUGCGUUUCCAGCAAUAUUGGAAAUACCUUCUAAAGACCAUCCGUAUGAUCCAGAGAAGGAUUCAAUAUUGAAGAGAGUUAGAAGAUUGUUUGGAGAAUAG